UUAGACUGAUUGUACUACCACUCACACACCAUAAAUCUCAGUCCCUCGUAGGCUCAGACAGACCCUACCCACUCGUGCGCUCUGCUCCCUUGCGCUACUAGCUAGCUAGCUCCAUCUCUGAUCACUCCUUGCUAGGCAGCUUCCGGGCCACUCCAUCUCUGAUCACUCCAUGUCCCUCAUCACCGAUGACCCCGAUCGCUCCCCGAGGGACUGCGCCACCAAGCGCCACCACCACCACCACCACCAUUCCGGUGGCUGGCGCCGGCGACGGCUUCUGAUCGCGGCGUCCUCGGGCGCAGCGUCGCUGCUGGCACUGUGCAUGAUCCUCUGGCUCACCCUCCGCCCCUCAGCUCCGCGCUUCACGCUGCUGGCCGCCACCGCAACCCCCUCCAACGCAAGCACCGGAGGCGGCCUCGUGCGCCUCGACGCGGCCCUCAUGGCGCACAACCCCAACGCGCGAGCCGCCGCGCUCUACGACGGCCUCCGGGCGCGCGCCUCCUACGCGGACUUCCAGCUCGCCACCGCCGGCCCCCUCCCGCCGUUCCAGCAGGCCCAGGGCGACGCCGUGCUCUCCGCCUCCCUCACCUCGGCGGCGGAGGCGUCCGCGGAGGAAGCAGCCGAUGGGCGGUCACCGGCGCUGCUGAGGCUGCGCAUAGAGGGACGGCUCCGGUGGAAGGUGGCAGCCUGGGUGUCCGGCGGGCGCACCCUCGCUGCCGUGUGCGUCGCCGUCGUGGCGCCGUCGCAGCUCAGGACCUUCGUUGUGCAGGGCACCCAGUGCGCCAUCACCAUCGAAUGAACAACAAAUUCUACAUACGUAUACAUAAUCUGCAUCAGUCGAUUAAAUCACUUUGCAAUUAACAUCUGUGUAAGUAACUAGGAGAAGAUCCACGGGAUUAGCGUCUGCUUAACUACAGGGCUACUGUGUUCUUGUAUACUUAGGGCGUGUUAUGAACUUACGAUCUCCUCCACCUUUUAACUCUACCAACUUCACAAAUAAUUUUGAGCCGCAUGUAUAAGCACCAAGAAGCUAACUUCUUUAAGUUCAGCCAAAUCCCAGUGUAAAACCGAAUAGUUUGGACCACAUGUAAAUAACUCUGUAAAAUCAAACGUGGAUGGAGUCUCCCGUUUCCUCUUUGGGCAAAUAGCUCCCAUAUGACA